UGUCAGUUGGAUAGGGACUUGUUCGUUUUAUUUUUAAAGAGAUACGAUAAACUCUCAGGAGGAGAGGGACAUUUCUCCGAUUUCCGAGUAAAGAUUUCAAAUUCGUAACUUGUGCUCACUCGACCUUUAAAUCUGAUCCUCUUUGUAAUAUUUACCUUUUCAUUUUAUUGUUAUUAGGUAAUCUUUAUGUUUAUAAACAUACUAUUUGUCUUAAAACAAAAGAUAGAUGACAUACAUAAACAAAAAUAUUUAAAACUUAAAUCCCCUGAACGUUUCAUUUCUCUGUAGGCUAUCAAAUACAAACAAUGCAUGCAGUGCAUAAUAUUGAGUCUACGAAGCUCCCCUUUUUAAUAAUAGUCUAGAUAUGGAUAAAAAGGAAAAGAUAAUAAUUUCACCAGAAGCAGAGAGGCAUCAUAAGCCAAAAAUCAAUAAGCCGUUGAUAGCAGUUUUAAUUCUAGGAAAACCUACCAAGGACAGGAGAGAGCAUUUAAAGUACGGAAACCGAAUUCAUUUGGAAUCUGAACACAAUGACAAAAUGACGCUUUUUCAAAUAGUGCCUUACAUCCGGGUCCUAUUUCUCAGCAUAUGCUGGGGGACGGUCGGCGGGGCAUAUUUUCCGAAUUUCGGGUUUGUUGGAUGCUAUCUGUACGACGGGUACAUGAAGAUGUUUUCAACUUUUAUUCUAACUGAAGUGAACGUCUCUAAUGGAAGCAUGCCUGAACUUAUUCUUUGUUUUAAAGAAUGUAUGAACAACCAUACGUACGCUGGACUGAAACCUACACUUAAUGAUGACAAUUACUAUCAAUGUUUUUGUGGAGAUGAUUAUAACCAAACCUUUGCAGUGGACGAGGCCAUGUGCACCCACAAAAAUCACACACUUAUGAAGAUCUAUAACACAGAUUAUGACAUUAAGCCUCUUCUGUCUGUUCCCGGAAACCAGACAAAUAUAUUCGAAAUCUGGAACGCGACUAAAAGAUAUAAGGCUUUGUUUGUGAAUGACGUCAUGAGAAAUCCCGCUAUCGAUUGGUGGAAACACAAACGACUCUAUCAUACACCAGAAUAUGUUAAAGUAUCAGCUAUGAACAAGCACGGUCAGGAAAUUUGGGCGAUCGAGUUUUUCACCAAUGAAUCUUCGGCAGAAUUAAUUGAUUGGCUGAACCCCGAAAACGCACUUAAUCGGACAAUAUCGAAUUCGACUAAUAUUUCCGUAGAUAUGGGGCAAAUAGCGAUCCAGUCCAAACAAGAACAGAAUAAAUACUACUUCUUACAUGGACUUGAGAAAAGUGGUUCACGAGUGACUGUUGUUACCAAAGAUGGAAACCCCAAGUCGGAUCAAAUUUAUGGUAUGGAUGGAGCUGCACUUCAAAAGAUACCUUUGACUGAGCUGAAAACUGGUGCUCGAUAUAUUUGUGGUGUGGAAGUGCGAGAGGCAAUAAACAUAACGACAAAAGAAAAAAAUAACACACGAAACGUGUACAUCACACAUUUCCUUGAUUCCUGUGCACUCGCCUCUGUGGUGGAUCUUGAGGAAUGUAUAGCGACGAAAGUGUUCGUUUGUGCUUGUACCUAUGUGGAUAAAUUAAAACAGUGGAAAACGACUGCGUGUAAAGUAAAGAUAAACUCCAAUAAGGUCAGUUACAAUUUUCCGGUUUAUGGCCAUGGGAUUGAAGUUAUUACGAAAUGUUCCCUGACAAUUAAAAACUUCACGGGUGUGUCUGCUGAAAUUAAAACUACUGCUGAAUUGUACGGUACGCAUGCCUUUAAUAACUGUAUGGGGCGUUUGAAUGCAACAGCAGAUUGUAUUCCCAGAAAAGAUGUAUCUAUAUACACAGUGAAAGAUGAUGCUUUGUUACUGGCAGAUAGAGUGGUUGUUCUUGGUUACUAUCACAAAGAAGAACCAAAGGUGAGCAAAUGGGAAUUUCUGAACGAUUUCUCCAUUGAGGAAAUUCAGAAUAUCAUGAGACCAGUGCUUCAGAAAGUCCAGAGUCAGGGGUCGGUGCCCGUCCGAAAUUUAUCCUCCAGUGUCCGGAAGAAGGAGAGUGCCACAGACAUGCGCAUGUCAUCUCAAGGAAUCGGAAUUCUAGGAGGCUCUCUGUUAGGACUCGUCUUCUUGAUCAUCUUCGUGUCCGACCUUGUAAUUAUAAAAGUUCAACUUACAGCAUUGUUCAAAAAUCUCUCCCGUGUAUGCAAAACUAACAAUCCAAGACGCAUCAAUGAUUUCGGGGAGAAAUAGUUUAUGCACUU